GUGAACUCAAGCAAAUCUAUUAUUGAGAAUCUGGUGCCUGGGGCCCAGUACCAGGUUGUGAUGUACCUAAGAAAAGGCCCUUUGAUUGGACCACCUUCAGAUCCUGUCACCUUUGCUAUCGUUCCAACGGGAAUAAAGGAUUUAACACUCUAUCCCUUGGGUCCUACGGCAGUGGUUCUGAGCUGGAGCAGACCUUACUUAGGAGUGUUCAGAAAAUACGUAGUUGAAAUGUUUUAUUUCAACCCUGCAACAAUGACAUCAGAGUGGACAACGUACUACGAAAUCGCAGCCACUGUCUCCCUGACUGCUUCCGUGAGGAUAGCCAACCUGUUGCCAGCAUGGUACUACAACUUUCGAGUUACCAUGGUAACCUGGGGAGACCCGGAAUUGAGCUGCUGUGACAGCUCCACCAUCAGCUUCAUAACAG